CUACCUUUCCCCCUCUUUUUCCUUUGUGUACGGUAUACGGUACAUGGUGCACGUCAUUUGAUGUUUGUGCAUUUUUGAGCAAACUUCUUUCGCAGUAUAAGUAAAGUAUUAAGCAAUAUUGUGUAGAAAUUCGCUUGAAAUGGAAUCAAGCAAGUCAGAAUCGACGCCGAAACAAGCUAUGGUGUACGUUUGCGGAGAAUGUCAUCAUGAUAAUGAAAUACGACCAAGGGAUCCAAUUAGAUGCAGAGAAUGUGGAUACAGAAUUAUGUACAAAAAACGAACUAAAAGACUCGUUGUAUUUGACGCACGAUAAAUGUGACUGACACAGGGGCAAUAUUAUGAAUUUCAUAAAUAUGUAAAUAAGUAUUGAUUUCUAUGUAAGAUAAAGUAAGUUUUAAUAAAAUAAUACACACAGAA